AUGAGCAGACCUGGAGGGCAUGCAUACGACAGUGCCCCAUACCAUAUGACGUGUCUCCCAAUGUAUUCCUGUGAUGCACACCAACUUCAGCAAGAUACCUAUAGGUCUUCUAAUGAUACACCUGAUACCUACAGGUCUUCCAAUGACACGCCUGAUGCACUUCUCCCAUCACCCCAGGUACUACAUGCUGGAUUAUAUGAUGACUUCGAAGAUUUGUCUUGCAGGAGAAGACCUACAUCACAUGAAUUUGAUAGGUAUUACCCCAGUGAUACAUCUCACAGUGGCAACUCCUUUAUUGACAGCUCCUCUUCACUGUCUCAUGACUCUCGCCAUGCUUCCAGCUUGCACACAAAUUUUUCACGUGCAUACAGCCAGCGGUUGGGUGCUGGCGCUUAUGGACAUGAAUUAACAGAUCGCAGUGAAAUAUCCUUGCUGAAGAAGGAUAAGUAUGAUCUUGAGCAGAAGAUAGACAAAUUCCAGCAGCAGAUUGUGUCCCUCCAGCAGCAAGUUGCAUCCCUCGAGGCUCUAUGUAUGGGCAACUUCUCGAGCGCAUCACCUCACUCAGGCGACAACAAUAAUGUGGCCCCAGAUUCAUUCAAUGAGAUGCUCAAGAUGGCACGUGAGGCAAGUACCUUAAUCCCAGCCCUUGACAGAGAAGACUACGAAGGUGUGUACUAUUGGGACAAGGACGAGUGGACCAAGGAAUAUCAUGGUGGCCGUGGAGUCCUCAAAGUGAAGCGCACAGAAGAUGCUGGGUCUGCUCUCUAUCUAGUCGAUGAAGACGGUGUCGUUGCGUCUGUGGCUGUUCAGCAAAAAAUUCGUGACCGAUUGCACACCCUAUGGUUUACUCUACUCAAGCAUGGGCGCGCACCCACCUCAUGGACCAAGAUCGAUAUUCAAGCACUCGAAUUUGUAUGCCUCUCGAUGUGA